UUUUUUUCUUACUUAUAUUUUUGUAAUUUGAAUUUCAACCACUAGGUAGGCCCCUUCUCUCUCUUUCGUGACAAAAUCAAGAAUCAGUUUUGGUAAUCUGGCAAUGGUGAACCGUACAAAAAUUUGUUGAUUAGUGGGAAGAAGAAAUCAAUGGCGUAUAAAGUAGAUCACGAGUAUGAUUAUUUGUUCAAGAUCGUUUUAAUUGGAGAUUCAGGCGUUGGGAAAUCCAAUAUUUUGUCAAGAUUUACAAGGAAUGAGUUUUGUUUAGAGUCCAAAUCCACAAUAGGCGUUGAAUUUGCAACGAGGACUCUCCAGGUGGAAGGGAAGACGGUGAAGGCGCAGAUAUGGGAUACGGCGGGGCAGGAGCGAUAUCGCGCGAUCACGAGCGCCUACUACCGCGGGGCAGUGGGGGCGCUCGUGGUCUAUGACCUGACAAAGCGUCAGACCUUUGAGAACGUGCAGAGGUGGCUGCGGGAGCUCAGGGACCACGCGGACUCCAACAUUGUGAUCAUGCUUGCUGGCAAUAAGUCUGAUCUAAACCACCUCCGCGUUGUAGCCGAGAACGAUGCCCAGGUCUUCGCUGAGAAGGAAGGCCUUUCCUUCCUUGAGACAUCUGCAUUGGAAGCCCACAACGUUGAAAAGGCCUUCCAAACUAUAUUGUUGGAUAUUUAUCAGAUUAUUAGCCGUAAGGCACUGGCGGCCCAAGAUGGGGCCGCCUCGCUCCCCGGCCAGGGCACCACAAUCAAAGUCGGGGAGCCUAACAACUCUCAGCAGCAGCAGAAAGCCUCAUGUUGUUCUAGUUGAUUUUUCAUUUAUGCCACAAGGAAUGCAAAUUUUAUUUUGUGAAGAGAAUUGAUUGUCAAAAAAAAAAUUUAAUCGGUUGAAUUAAUUAUGUAAACAAAAUUUUGUAUGAUUUAUGCUACAGGCAGACAUAUAUAUUGUUGUAGGUGAAUAAUUUA